AUGCUGAAGAGUUGGCGAGGCUCUCGAGGCUCUUGCAAGAAGUCCAAGAACGCGCCGACAGGGCAGAAAGAGAUCGACAGCAAGAACAACGACGCGCUGAGGCAGCAGAGAGAGAGCGCCAGCAAGAACGACAGCGCGCCGACGAGGCAGAAAGAGACCGACAAGAAGAACAACGACGCGCCGAAGCAGAACGACGGCGAGCCGACGAGGCAGAGCAGCAAACCCAACACACCUCGCUCGACGAAUACGUCGCUGCCUGGUUCCAUCACCAAUCCGCGCCACAAGUGGUGCCCGACCAAUCUCAAGCCAUGGCCCGACUUCCUACAGCAACAGCGCAUCGUCUUCGGCACCCUCUACGACACUUUCCCCUCCGAUCGUCGCUGUUUCGAGAGCCGAUCGUUCCUGUCCGGCUUGGGAAGCAGAAUCGCGAGGCGCAAGAUCACCGACGAGAAGGCCUUGGAGUACUUCCUGCACAACAGCGUCGAGGACCCCGUUCGAGCAAUCAUGGACGAGCUCAAGGAGGUGGAAGAAGUGAAAAGCGCGUUCGAUCUGGGCAACGGCAUUGUCUUUGAGAAUCACCCGCAUGCGAUCAGCGACGCAGCCGAGGAGGUCGUCGACCGCAACGUCCCAUCGACACCCCCCUCUACACCGCAUACUAGCAACGUCGACCUUAAACAGCUGCGAGCCGAUCAGAUCUGCGUCUACCGCUCAGAAACCGCCGACUCGGAAAGUCGCACGAUGCUCUACGUUUCCGAAUACAAGCCCCCGCAUAAACUUACCGCGCCGCAUCUUCGUCUCGGUUUGCGCCCGAUGAACAUAUAUAAAGAGGUGGUCAACCGAAAAACGAUCCCCACAUCAGUCGACCCAGAUGCGCGAUUCCAGUACCAUGCGGAGAGACUCACGGCCGCCGCCAUCACACAGACCUAUCACUACAUGAUUGAAGGCGGACUUGAGCACGGCUUGCUGACGACAGGCGAGGCAAUCGUCUUCUUGAAGAUUGACUGGCGCGAGCCUGAGACACUUUUCUAUCAUCUGGCGGAGCCGUCUGCGGAGGCGGAAGCUCACCCCGAGCAUGCCCACCUCUGCACGGCAGUUGCCCAGUAUCUGGCCUUCAGUCUGAUUGCUCUGAGUAUGCCAGGCGAACGAUCGCCACAUGGGCAGGACGAGCGACGUGAAGCUAUGGACAAGCUGAGGACAUGGGCAGAAGACUUUGAGACGACGCUGCGCAGGAAGCUGAGCGAUGACUGCCACCACAACCGCAAUGGUGGUGGCCGCGCAGAUACUUGUCAUCUAAUUGACCACACUGGAUUCAUGAAGCUUCUUGGAGAGCAGCUGGAGCGGACACUAGACGACGGCGUGACACCUUUGGGACGAGGCGGCGCGCGAGGAGUCUUGUUUCGAGUGAGCCUGCUUGCGUACGGCUACACCUUUGUCAGCAAGGGUACAGUACGGGCGUUCAUCAAAGACCUUCAACACGAGGCAGCGGUUUACAAGCGUCUACGGCCUAUUCAAGGCAAACAUGUGCCUGUGUACCUUGGGGCGAUCGACCUUCGGCCGAUGAACAGGACCUACUACUACGACCACCGAGUCUACGUGGUACACAUGACAUUUCUGUCCUGGGGAGGACAUGAUCUCUAUGCCAUAGAGAAUGUAGAUGGUGGAGGCGGGCACCUGGAAGAGAUGGCGAUGCAGUCGUUGCGUGCAAUCCAUUGUCAGGGUGUUGUGCACAGAGACAUGCGAGAGGAUAACAUGCUGUUCAAUGAAGAAGUCAAAGGGGUCUUGAUAAUCGACUUUGAAAGGGCGCAGCUGUUGACACCGCCUCGGCGUCCACUGACGCAGCUUGUGCCGAACAAGCGCAGACGGGUGCCGGAGGUGGUGAACGGCAACAAGUUGGCAGUGAAGUCAAGAAGUCGAGAUGAAGGCAAUGGAGUAUUCUUAGGGGACAUUGCAAUGGUAAAGGAGAUUCUUGGGUAA